AUGGCCGUCAGCGAGCGGAUAUCCCAGCUCAUGAGCGCCCCCGACACCGGCACUGGCGCCGACAACUCGCGAGCAACCUCACCCGGUGGCGACUGGCGCAGUGCCAACGGCACAGUCAACGGCGAAGACAGCAGAAGCCGCCCGCGCACCUUUCCCUACUUCGAGUACCUGCCGUACCAGACCGAGGACCACAGCGAGCGCCUCGAGAGCUUGAACAUAUGUCUGAAGCACCUCUACAUCGCCGUGUCGGCAGGCGACUUCGCCCCCGGUGCUGUGCACUGGACACGCGAGAUUCGAGGCUGGCUGUCCCUCAAGUUCGACCUCCCCCGCAGUACGCGGGUGAAGCUUGUAAACCUAUACUAUGAGCUGGCGCUCGCUCCAGGGCUGGACUAUCUGGUAGCAGAGCGCUUUGCGUCCAUGUUCAUGGUGCUGACCAAGCGAAAACACUACCUGCGCCCCGGCAAGGACCUCAUCCUCGAUUGGCGACCGCUGUACAGGGAACUGAAGCUGUUCGUGCUGCCCUCGGAGUCUGGUGGCGCGCACCCGCCCAACGUGAAGCGCAACAUCCGAACACUGACGAAGAUGUGCACCUUCGCCCAGCUAUACUUCGAUCCGGAAGAGAUACCUGCUAUGUUCGAGGAGCUGCUGCCCUUCUUCAGCACCUCCUUCAGCGAAGGCGCAUUUGUUGUCGUGGGACUGCUGAACUUGCUGCUUCCAACGAAUGCCGCUCCAGAGGACAAGCCGAACCUGUUACCGCAGGAAUAUCUACCGACCUUCUUCCAUUGCUGGUCGCUGGUCAACCGGUCGCGACUGUUUGAUGCGCACUUCCUCGAUACGAUAUCGCGGCUGGCUAGAGACAACCUGACAGCGCCACACAUUCCUUUCUCGCAAUACGGCAUGUUCACAGGCGAGCAGAACUCGCACAUCUUCACUGCGAUUCUGCGACUCCUUGAGAUUCCUGUUGGACAGGCGACGUCGCCGUACAGCAGUGCAGUCGAUCUCGGUGCUGGUUUGGCGAUCAUGCUUGACCGGGACCAGCGGAAGCACCCUUCGACUCACCACAUUGCUCGCUUCAUUGGCAUGUCGUUGUCACCGGCGUGCGUAGAUCACCCAGACUCCGUAUUGAGUAAGCUGGAAGGUCUCAUUCAGGCUGUUGAGACAUUCUUCCAUCCGUCGAAUUCUGGUAGCUGGACGAGGCCGCUCGCACAGCUGGUGUACUACCUUUCCGACUUUUUCGUGUUGCGCUGGAACCGGGAGCACAGUGGCGAGAUGGACGUGCCGAAGGAGCGUCAGCUCAAUGAUGAAGUCAAGAGGCGCUUUGUGCUCUGUUUGCGGGAGGUAACAUUCAUGGGAAUCUUCAGCAAGAGCGACAAAGCCGUACAAUAUGCGUUGUCUACCCUCCAGAGUUUGGCGUAUCUGGAACCGAACCUCAUCCUUCCAGGUGCACUGCAGCGGAUCUAUCCCGCUAUGCAGGGUCUUGUUGAGGUACACCGUACCAUCUCCUCCAUUCGUGCGUUGCACAUGCUUUCCAAGAUCAUGGCAAAGACAAAAGGUUGGAGGUGUCACGUUACCACAGUACUCGGGCUUGCGCUACCUGGUAUCGACGCCAACGAUCUGGAGAAGACGUUACAUACCCUCCAAUACGUGCAAGGCGUGUGUUACCUCGUACCGUUCCACGACCUGACCAAAGCAAAGAAAACUUCCGCUGGCGCAGACACAGCAUCAGAGGACAUGGGCAGCAAUACAGGCUUGGCCAUGCAAUGGAUUACACAACAAGUCGAGCGGUUGGAAAGCGCCAACGGCAAUAUCGAGAUCAAUUACAACGAAGAGCUCAGCGACGAGGACGAGCAAAUGAUUCUGCGGUCCUCCACCACAGGCUUGAAUGAGUUCCUCAUUUCGUUCCUUGGUCGUGUCUUUACUCUUUUGGAGAAUUUGCCAGACGCCUCGAGAGUUCGUAGUGGGUCGCCUGAGGAAUACGUGGUGAAUCACCUGCCCGCGGCAUUCACACCACUACUUGCUGCGCUUUCACCAGAGUUGUACGAUGUUGCGCUAGACAAGAUUGCCAAUUUCAUCUCGAACCAUGUCAUUCAUCAGGCGCGAGACGCGAUUGCUUUCAUCUGCAACAGUCUUGUCAAGAUCCACCCUGAGAAAGCAUUGAAGCGUCUGCUGCCCCACCUGUUUGCAGGAAUCCGCACAGAGAUUGAGGACAUUGGCGCCGGCUCGACACGAACAACCGGUGCCGAAGUCCUCCCGCGUGACCGUGCUCUUGUCUGGAACCUCAGCAUUCUGAGCAUGUGCGUUGUACAUGUUGGCGACGCUGUACUUGAGUGGAAGGACGACCUCUUCGAUAUCGCGGAGUACAUGCAGCAGAAGUGCAGGGGCACGCCUACGGUGCAUGUCUCCAACUUCAUCCAUCAUCUUCUCCUCAAUCUCACUUGUACCUACACCAUCGACUAUGAUAUCUACGAGCAGCAUGAGCUUGCACAAGGUAUCACUGCUGAGUCUUGGGGAAGGCAGGUAGACGUCAAGAACUUGAAUGUCAAAUGGCACUCUCCAAAUCCCGAAGAGGUCGAGUUUGCCGUUAGAUUGUUCGAAACGCACGCCAGCAAUUCUAUGAACGCUCUUGUUGCACUUAUAUCUGCAGACUCGCCGAUCAACAGAGAGGGCACUGGCAAAGAUUGGUCAGACGAAGUGUCAAGAAACCUCGUCUUGCUGAGGCUGAUCAUCUCGGGUAUCUCAGUGCUUUUCGACGUGCGACAUGACCGAGUCAGCGGAAGCAUUGAUGCCGAAUAUGAGAACGAUUCGGAUCCUGACGCCAUGGACACUGAGGGUAUCGAUGACGAUGCUGGUCUGGGUGAGGCAGAAGAUGAAGAGGUCAAGCCUACGUUCCAGUAUGAGUCUGGGUAUCCAUUGUCUCGAGAUGACAAAAACUACAAACUCAUCCACGACCUCCGCCAUCGCGUUGGCGAGAUCUUGCAUGACGUUCAUCGAUUCUUGAUCGAGAAGCAGCCCGAUGAUGUGCCCUGCUUCAACUCUCUCUACAAUGCGUACCGGUCGUGGUUCAUCGACGUAGGCAUUGAGCGUUCUGCACAUGUUCUUGACCGCAUAUCGAGGCUUCUCGAUAACGACGAGCAGCCGUUCAGGUUUAGCGGUCUGCGAAAACAGUACCCUCGACCCCUCCUUGUCCGACGCGCCAAUGUGUAUCAUCUGCAGCGCCUCCGCCACAAUGCCAACCCUCGACCCAAAACUGAGCUCGACAAGCAGUUGCUACUCGACCUUGCAGAGUCCAGUAUCUCUCUUUACACAGAGAUUCGCCGCACGGCUCAGACUGCGAACGAAUCGGCAGUCAAGUGCGUGUUGGGCGCUCGACCGCUAGUCAUCCCAUCGCUCCUAGAUGCUUUCGUCAAGGCUGUGACAGAGCAUGACUACCCUCGUAUUAAGGGUGCGAUGUUUGCUCUUCUCUUCGGGAGCUUGGCAAAGACCAUUAGUCGCGACUGGAGGUUUACUCCAAAGUUGAUCAAGGCGUUCAUCGAAGUGACUGGUGCCGACAAGCCAUCGGUCCAGAAGCUCGCUACAAACGCCACGUUCCAGGUCAUGGACAUGGGCAAAGCAAUGGAGCGCAUGGUCAUCCUCGACAAGGACAUUGUUCAGGCACUCGCCUAUGCCAUCGACUCCGCCGAAGACGAGGUCGUGCAGCAGAAGGUCGUGAAGCGACGCGACUACAUCAAGCGGAAGCGUGCUCGCAUUGAAGGCAAGAAGGCUGACCUGUCAAAAGAGUUGGUGCAGAUUGCUAAGACCGAGCACUGGAAGAAGGUCAGCCGCACAGCGGCCAUCAUCGUCAAUCUUGGGAUGCGCUACGAUACCAUUGCCUCCGAAGAGAUGAUCGACCUCGUUGCUAAGGGUGCUAUUGAUCAGCAUCCGAGCCUGCGAGGUCUGUAUGCAGGCGCUUUUAUCGGAUUGUUCUCGGUCAUUCAGACACGUGCGAUCACUGGUCAUAGCUACGAGAAGUAUCUGCUAGGCGAAGAGGAUUUGCCAGAUAAGAUCUCAGUUCCAACCCGGCCCGACGAUCCAAACUGGACAGAAGAUUACCUCGAAUCGUUCGCACAUCCUGAGGCCAAGUACUAUGUCGACUUUGACUACCCUGGUUGGCUGGUGUGGAACAAGACCAUGCCAGGUUUCCUACCGAAUGCGCCCCAAGUAGUGUACGACGAGACCGAAAACGCCGUGCGCAAGAGGAUUGCGGGACAUUUGACACGAUCGUGGUUCUCGAACUACUUUGCGUUCAUGAAGCAGGAGCCCCGCGAUGCCAGCGCCGACCGCUUCCGUAUGUCUAGCGCAAUGCUUCUGACACACGCAUUCGAUCUCAUCUUCUGUGGCUUGACUGAAGCGACUUUCGAUGACAUCAAGGACCUCACCGAGGCUGUGUACAGUGAUGGUAGCGAUAAGCAUCAGCAUCGUGCAACCUCGGAGAUCAUGGCUGCUCUGCUCUCUUGUGCGCCAGAUCUGAAGCCUGAGCAGCGAACAGAAGUCUGGGAAUACGUCUUCCCGAUCGUUCGUGGUAUCUUCAAGGAUGGUCUCACACCCGAAAACUCAGGGUACUGGACGACAUUCUUGCACGUUGUCCUGCAGUCGAAGGACCCUCGACGAGGAUGGCCUAUGGUCGACUGGCUUGCUAGCUUCCGCCUCGAUAUGGACUCCAAUGCAGCUUUCAAAGAGAGCUCUAAGGUCCACCUACUGACACAGAUGAUCAGCGACGCAGGCUGGCACUUCCGCUUGGAGAAGCCGAUCUUGGAAGACUUCAUGAAGCACCUUGAUCAUCCGUACAAGGGUGUGCGUGAAGCGAUGGGACAGACUAUCGCCACAAUUUACCGCACACGUUACCACGAGUCUUACAAAGAUGUCGGCACUCUGAUCAAAGCACAGAAAGAAGCCUCGUCGAUCGGUAUUCGUCCUUACCAGCCCACGGACGAGUUCACCAACACAAUAACCGACGUCUUCUCCCGUCUUGAGGUUUGGCGCCACCAACGCGAGCCAGGGCAACAAACGCCCUCCUCUUACACUUCUGGCGGCAAGACCGUUCUGCUUUGGCUCGACUCAACACUCUCCUCAUACGAAUGCACGCAACUCGUUAAGUUCUUCCCUGAUGUCUUCAUGGAACAGCUUCUCCACAUGAUGGAUAUCAAGGAAGACCCUGAGCUGCAGUCUCUUGCCUACCACGUCUUCCGCCACCUGCCGAACAUCCCGCAACGCGAAGGCGAAGACUCUGACUUCAUCGCCGCUCUUAUCCGCAUUGGCAAGACCGCAACGAGCUGGCAUCAGCGUUUACGCAUCUUGAUCAAUGUCCAGGUCAUCUACUUCCGCCGCCUAUUCCUCAUGAGCACAUCGCAACAGCAAGAACUGUUCGACUGCGUCUCGUCCAUGCUCUCGGACGUACAGCUGGAGGUCCGCAUGGGUGCCGCUGCAACCCUGUCUGGUAUGAUCCGCUGCAGUCCUCAGGCUUUCCGCGACAAGCAGGUUGAAACGCUGAAGAAACGCUUCACCACUCAGCUCACCAAGAACCCGCUCCCCAAGAAGAAGGCUAUCCCUGGCACGCCGUCCGCAGACCAAAACAAACUGGUGCUGACUAGACAUGCGGCAGUCCUAGGAUUGGGCGCACUGACACAAGCAUUCCCCUACCAGAGCCCGCCGCCGCAGUGGCUGCCGGAUGUGCUGGCCACAUUGGCGAGGAAGGCGAGCAGUGACCCCGGAAUGGUAGGCAAGAGCGUCAAGAGCGUAUUGGCGGAUUUUAAGAAGACGAGGCAGGAUACCUGGCAUGUCGAUGUCAAGGUAAGCAAAGCACUCCCACGCUUCCCGAGAAACACAACUAACAUUUCGACAGGCGUUCGACCAAGAGCAACUAGAAGACCUCGAGGGCGUGCUAUGGAAGAGCUACUUCGCCUAAAUAGCGUAUUGCAUGCAACGCAUUUGGAUGAAUCGAUCUCGAUCAAAGCAGGACGGGAUGAAGGUGUGAACAGUACCACACACUACGGUAUUACAUGCAGUAUACCAGCCCCAAUGGAUAAACGGGCGAAUGCAUUAUGUCGGUAA